CGUGUACAACACGUGUUGAAAGUGUCUUUUUUCAUUAAUAUGCUUGAUUAACUCGGGCUUCGCCCUCAUUAAUCAAACUGCAAAUUCACGAAAAAAUGUAUCUAUUACACUAAAUUUCCCGUGUAAUUUUACGUAUAGCAAACGUCUAAUUGAAAAUGCUUACCUCAACACUAUUAUUCAAAGCGCCUGUCGUGUUCUUGUUGGAUUGGAGAUGAAAGUAAAUAAUUAUAAACAAAUAAGUACAAUAAUGUGUUUCAAAUUUUAAAAUGGCCUGAGUUCGGAAGCACGCCGCACGGGUGUAAAAAAUAGUGAUGAAUCGACUUUGUUCUUUUCUGAAACGAGAGCCGAGGAGAGCGAUCAUCAUUUCGCAGAAAUAUACACACUCUCAUUAGAAAUUGCAUUUUCAGCGCCUUAUAAAAGGGUGAUUAUUCAAAUUUUUUCCCAUUUCUAUUCGAGUAUUGCUUGCAAUUAGUCGUUGCGUUUGUGUGUUUAUUAGUUACCUAUCUGUUGGUGAGUUUUAUUAUUAUUAGCAGUAGUAGUUAUUCUUUUAAAUUUAUUAUUAUUUGACGUGCACGUAACUUCGAAGCGCGUUAUAAAAGAGGAAUUAUUCAGAUUUUUUCCAUUCCUGCUCUAGUAUUCGUUGUGUUUAGACGUGUUGUGUUUAUUAGUCGUGUUGGUACACGUAACUUCAGCUCGCUAUAAAAGGUGCAUUAUUCAGAUUUUUUCCAUUCCUGCUCUAGUAUUCGUUGUGUUUAGACGUUUUUGUUUAUUAGUCGUGUUGGUGAGUUUUAUUUUUAUUAGCAGUAGGUUUUUUUAGUUUAUUGUUAAAAUUCAUUAGACGUGUAAGAUGUUUGCAGAUUUAGUGAAACACAUUGCAGGUAUUUUAGGUGUGUUAAGAACUAAUUACAGCGAUAAAUCAGUUAGGGAAGGGAUAAGAGAGUGUGAUAAAGCGACACGUAGGAUUCGGAAUUCUUUGCGUGGAGCUUUACCUAUAGGUGAAAAACAACAUCAUGAGGCUUGUUUACGUAAUAUUAAAUCGAUGCGUAAGCAUUUUAAAUUAGAACAAAAGAGGGGCCAGGGUAUAGCAUUGAACAAAGAAACCGCAAAGCAUCGCGUUCAUUGGGAUGACUCCAUUUCAGCUUUUAGUAAUAGAAUACGGACUGGUGUUAUUACUAAUCUCAAACAUAAAGACCCCAGCCGCUUCUUAGUGGACUGUAAGGUAAUCUUCAAACGACAGGUUUUCAACGCCUUGAAAAAAGACGAGGCUGUGAAAGUAAAUGCGAUUUUUUGCGGGGAAUUUGUGAUUACUCAAGGGGAAAAGACUCUCAAUGAGUAUAAGUACUUCACAACAUCAAAUGCGGCAAUAUAUAGGGGUACUGACAUAGAAGAGUGGUUUGAGGAAAAGGUUAGUAAACCCCUAAUGAAGAAGUUAUCGGAGUUUCAGGAAUGUAACAGCGGUUGGGCACUUCGAGCCGUCGUUAAUUUAGGGGUUAAUUUUAACAAAUUUACACCUCAACUUGGGUCUUCAUAUGUUGAGUUACCUCCGCAAAUUCAAACAAAAAAGGCCUGUGUUAACGUCAAGAACGAGGAUCAUGCGUGCUUUGCGUGGGCGGUGGUUUCAGCAUUAUAUCCUGCUGAUAAACAUCCUCAAAGAAUAUCUAAAUACCCUCACUACUCGUCUGUGCUUAAGCUAAAAGGGAUCCAGUUUCCGAUGACCAUGAGACAAAUUUCGAAUUUUGAAAAACAGAACAAUAUCUCCAUUAAUGUGUACAUUUUGAAGAAAGAGAAAAAGGAUCAGUUUAGUACCCUGCCUACAUACCUAACUAAGGAAAAGAUGGAUAAACAUGUGAACCUGCUUUUAGUGCAAGACUGCUAUGAACAACCCACUAAAUUCCAUUAUGUUUGGAUCAAAAAUCUUUCACGGCUAGUAUCUAAAAAGUUAGGCAAAAGGAAUGGACAAAAAUAUGUUUGUGAUAGAUGUUUACACUAUUUUCAUUCUGAAGACAAAUUAAUUAAGCAUACUGGAGAUUGUAUGCAGAAGAAUGAUACCGCAAUCAAGAUGCCUACGGAAGAAAAAAAGAUGUUGAAGUUUAAAAAUUUUAAAAAUAAAAUAAAAGCCCCCUUCGUAGUAUAUGCAGAUCUCGAGAGUGUCCUGAAACCUAGCGCGAAAAAGACCGCAUACCAGCAACAUAUUCCGGCAGCUGUGGGAUACUACUUCAAGUGCUCAUAUGACGAAUCUCUUUCAUUCUACAAUAGUUACCGUGGUGAAGAUUGUAUGCGGUGGUUUGCUGACGAGAUGAAUCAACUCGCGGAAGAUGUCUCUACUGUGUUUCUUUGCCCCUAUAAGAUGCAAAUGACUCCACAACAAGAAAUCGAAUUCCAAACAGCAACUCACUGCCACAUUUGCGAACAGCCAUUUACAGCAGGGCAGAAGAAGGUUCGAGAUCACAAUCACCUCAUUCCAGAGAACAACUUCCGCGGAGCUGCAUGUGAAAUUUGUAACGUCAACUAUCAGGACACUCAUACAAUUCCGGUAGUAUUCCACAACUUGAGUGGAUAUGACGCUCACUUUCUUAUAACGGAUAUUGCCACUAGAAUGGGUGGUAAAAUCGACUUGCUUCCUAUAACCAAAGAAAAAUAUAUCUCUUUUACCAAACAUAUCAACGAGUCACGCAUCAACUUUAGAUUUAUAGAUAGCUUCCGGUUUAUGGCAUCAUCCUUAGAUAAAUUAUCAUCAGCUCUAACAGAAUUUCCCAAUCUCAAGUCACAAUUCUUUGCUCUACCUGAAGAUCAAUUUAAUCUUUUAACUAAAAAGGGUAUUAUGCCGUAUGAUUAUUUAGACUCAUUUACCCGUUUCGAUGAGCCUUGCCUCCCUCCUCAAGAUGCGUUUUACAAUAAAUUGGAAGAUAAGCCUUGUCCCCGUAGGAUGUAUCGUAGAGCUCAAGAGGUGUGGAGCAAAUUUAACUGCAACAAUUUAGGUCAAUACGUUGAGUUAUAUAUGAAGACCGAUAUUCUCCUCCUUGCGGAUGUAUUUGAACUAUUUAGAUCAAGCUGUAUUAGUACUUAUGAUUUAGAUCCAGCCCACUACUUUACACUGCCAGGCUUUACUUGGGAUGCCAUGUUGAAACACACGCGGCAAGAGUUAGAACUCCUUACCGACCAAGAUAUGUUUCUUUUUAUUGAGCGAGGUAUUCGAGGAGGUUUGAGUCAAGUCUGCUCUAAGAGAAGAGUCCACGCAAAUAAUAAAUACAUGCCCAAGUAUGAUUCAGCGAAACCUGAUGUAUAUUUGAUGUACAAUGAUAUUAAUAACCAAUAUGGAUGGAGUAUGAGUCAAUAUCUUCCUUAUGGGGGGUUUCAAUGGGUAGAUGCCAACAUCGAUGUUACUAUGAUCCCGGAUGAUGCAAAUGAAGGCUACAUUCUAGAAGUUGAUUUGGAGUAUCCAAAGCAGUUGCAUGACUUACAUCAAGAUUUACCAUUCUGUGCAUUACAUAUCAACCCGAAAACCAUGAAACCACCAUCUAGAGCUAAAGAAACUUCAAAACUCAUGGCAACCCUAAAUAAUAAAGAAAAAUACGUCAUCCAUUAUCGCGCCUUGAAACAAGCAUUAGCUCACGGAUUAGUUCUCACUAAAGUACAUAGAGUACUAAAAUUUAAACAGUCCCCUUGGCUAAAGUCCUACAUUGACCUGAAUACGAACCUAAGAAGAAAUGCCAAGAAUGAAUUUGAGAAGAACUUGUUUAAGUUGAUGAACAACGCAGUCUUUGGGAAGACCAUGGAAAAUGUUAGAAAACGACUUGACGUUAAAUUAUUAUCCAAAUGGGAGGGUCGUUAUGGUGCAGAAUCAUAUAUCUCAAAACCAGAAUUUAAAUCUUGCGUUAUAUUUAAUGAGAACUUGGUGGCGGUAGAAAUGAAUAAGCUUGAAGUAUAUUUAAAUAAACCUAUAUACGUAGGUCAAGCCAUUCUUGAUUUAGCUAAGACGACCAUAUACAGCUUUCACUACGACUACAUGAUGGAUAGAUUUGGAGGUAACUGUACUGCCGUUUAUACUGAUACCGAUAGUUUAAUUUAUGAAAUUCGAGAGCAAGACCCGUAUAUGGUUAUUAAAAGCGAUUGUUUUAAAUAUUACGAUACCAGCGAUUUUAACCCUAACAACCCAUAUGACAUACCUCUUGUAAAUAAGAAAGUCUUGGGUAUGAUGAAGGAUGAAAAUAAUGGGAAAGUAAUGACUGAUUAUGUAGGAUUGCGAUCUAAACUGUACACGACCAAAGUAUUAACCACCAAGGAUGAUUUAAUAAAAUUGCGUCAGAAAUUAGAAGCGGAAGAGUAUGAGGAGGAUGAAAUUGCUACGAUUAUUAAAAAUUAUGGUUUGAUAAAAAAGGCAAAGGGGGUAAAGAAAAGUGUAGUCGAGACUAAAAUUUCUUUUGAUGAUUAUGUGGAAUGUCUGGAGACAUUUAAGCGCAAAACAGCAUCUCAAAAUUUGAUUCGGACAGAUAAACAUCAAGUGUAUUCUAUAACACAGUCGAAAAUUGCUCUAAGUCCCGAAGACGAUAAGAGGUAUCUAAUUCCCGGCUCAUUUAACACUCUUCCGUGGGGCCAUUAUGCUAUUGAUAAACCUCAAGAUGUUGCCGAUAACCCGAUGGAUGUUGAUUAAUGUGCAGAUUUGGUAUCCCUCCUAAUGUAUUUUUGAAUUAGUUUUUCUAUAUCAAUCUAUUAAUUUACCAACCCACACUUUUUUUUACUUAACCAGACCUACAAUAGAUUAAUUCUUAACGAACUUUUGAUGUGCGCGGUGGUAAAAAGAAUUUGACAAAAGUGUUACUAUACGUAAAAUCGCGGGAAAGAUUACCAAUGUAGCGCAGUUUUUCUUCAGUCGUUUUUUUUUCAUUCCCGUAGCUGCCAAAUACCGCUUGUAUUACCAUGAAGCUCCCCAAAAAGAAUUCUAAUACGCCCCAGUAUAAUUUUUGAAUGCGUACUAUGAUACGAGAAUUGCAUUUGUUCUAUUUAUGUAUUGGAAUUUGAAAUUAUUCUUCGUAAUUAAAUUUACAAUGCUUUCAACAAUGAAGUAGUAAGGGAGAGGACGAUUGUAUAAUAGCUGACCGAUCAUUUUUACACAUUCCAUCCCAGGAAGUCUAUUCCAUAUAACAUUUAUUUUUAUCCAUAAUCGCAAAAUGAAUAUGAAGAACAUCCAUACACGUACGACUUGGAUAGUACAAGUUACCUAGUAUUACAGCUGGAUGAUGCAAUGUCAUAUAAUUAUAGGAAAUCUAAACAACACGUCGACUAAUUCUCGUUUUAAUAAUUAGAGAAUCGGGGAACGAUUUUUUCUACAAUGCUUCCUUUUAUUCUAUAAAUAGCACAAGUAAUUACCUACCUAUGAUUGUUUUAACGUAGAUAUGAUUAAGGCGCGGUAGCCGAGUGGUUCAGAUGGAUGGUUCUAAUGUAAAGAUCGAUGGUUCGAAUCCCCGCGUCUACAAAUUUACCGCAACGCUUAUGAGAAGCAUAACUGUCAAAAAUAUGAGGCAAACGGAAAGACACGGCUCAUCUAUAUCAGUCGAUAAGUAAUAGUUCUGGUAGCGCAGUUGGUUAUCCGACCUCUGAUACAGCAGUAAGUGCGGAGGGAAGUAGGUUCGAACCUCGAUCCGAACUGAAGCCUCCCAAAAUAACCUUGACCCGGGCUGCCGAAAAAAAAGGAGCGAAACUAAUUGGACGGAAAAACAGUCCCUCACCCCGAGAGCCUAUACCAACACCACGGCUGUCGAAAUAAGUCGAUUAAGCU